AUGAAUUCGGGAACGAAUAAAAUGAAUUCAAACUUAACAGGUUUGUGGGUGAACUUUUUCACGGCUGCAGGGAUUCCUUCGGAAGUGGCAGCAACAUACGCCCUGACCUUUACGGAAAAUAGAAUACAGAAUGAUAUGCUGCUUGAUUUGAACAAAGAAUAUCUAAGAGACAUGGGUAUUGUGCGAAUGGGGGACAUCAUAGCUAUAUUAAGACAUGCUAAACAAGUUCACGAGAACAAUGCAAGAGAUAAAGUUUUGAACACCACUACAGUUACAAACAAGGUCCCUGUGGCUGCAGUGACUGGACGCGCAACGGUCACACAGCCUUCAUCCCCUGCCAGUCGUAUCCUGGAACAUUACACACGCAAUCCAUCUCGAGACACUUCCCCUGUGACAGUUGUGCAGCAGAAGAGGAAGUCAAACGAAAUGGACCCAGAAACAGACCUGAGUAUCAAAAAGGCGAGGCUCAUCCGCUUCAGCGCCACAAAGCAGACACAAGCACUACCAACUAAAGAAGCACCACAAAGUAAGACAGUGUUCGCUCGACUCGGAACCUCUAGUCAGUUGGAAAGCAAACCAGUUCAAAAGGAGAUGAAUAAGCAAGUUUUUUCGCGCCUCGGUACCAAAGAUAAACCAGACGUGGUUAUACCCGUACAGAAAGACGCGCUAAAAUACGAGGGUAUUCUGAAAAGUCCGCCCGUAGUGAAAAGAAGUUUCACAGUGACAACAACCAAGAAUAAUGUCAGGAAAAUUGUUGUUGGACGCACAAUGCGCGCGGACGAAACACCUGUCAGUGUAAGGGAAAAACUCGCCGUUCCUAAAGCAAAGUCGGUGAAAUUCUCCAAUCGUGUAGAAUACAAAGAAAUUGAAACCACCCAGAAUCAAGUCAAACCCAAAUUCACACCGGUAUUUAAUAAACCAGAAAGGAGGUUGUCUAUCGCAGAAACAAAUAAUGUUAAAGCAAGGCUUGGUGUUAAAAAUGAUAAAGUUACCAUCACAACUAAUAUUUUCAAGCGGCUAGGAGUGUGAUGAAUAAAAUUGUAAAUAUUUUUUUCACAACAAAUUUUUUACCGGUCGAGGUGGUGCCUAUGGAGAGAUAAAAAUAAAAGUGAAGAUUGCCUGCACCUAAAAUAAAUGUAUCAAAUGAAGAACAAUUUAUAUAUGAAACCGCCCAAAUAAAUAAUUAUGUAUACUGUGAUAUUAUACAUGACGCAUCAUGUAUUAUCUGUAUAUAGUAGUGAUACAUAAUUAAUCUUAGAUGGUUGCAAGUAAGAAUAGUAAAUUGUGAAUUGUUUAAAAAUUUGAACGGAGAAUAGAAAAAAAAUGAGUAGACAUUUUCUUUGAAAUAUAACUUAAAUAAUGGUUCUUAAUAAUAAUAAGUUAUCCUUAGUGUGUUUGGAAUUUAUUUUAUAGUAUUUAUGUAUUGUGAAACGUAUGAUUUAACUUGACAUUUACUGUGUUUAUAACUUGAAAUGGUUGCUAAUGAAAAUGCAUUUCUAUUUUUAACAUUGUUUAAUAGGUAGACUAUUUUUUUAAAUCUUUUUGGAGUGAAACUUCUUUAGGCGCGUUGAGAGUAAAAUUUCUAGGUCUUAAGGAGAGUAAAACUCCAUGUCGGUAUUAACUAUUAACAUGAGGUAAUACCGACAUGGAGUGACGCGACGAUUUUGGUAUUUUUGAAUCGGGCUAAAGAAUUUUCACUUCUGCCAUCCUCGGCACACACCCUUUAUUUUUCUUUACAUCUUCCAUCUCAUUUUGAGGUAUAUUAUUGUAUGUAUAUACCUACUAUGUAAGUCGAUGCAUAAGAACAUUGGCUGUAUUUUGUUUGUAUACUUAAUACCUUUGGUAUAUUUUUUUAAUAUUAUAUUUAAGUGACUGUCUGCGUUAUAUUUGAUCUGUAUUAAGGUAAGGAUGCAAGCAAGGUUACAAUAUGUAAAACUAUAAAAUGUGAACAUGUUUUCUAAAGUGCCUGUAUUGUAAUAUGGUUGCGAUAUUUUAAAUAAGUCAUUUCAAGUAAGCUGAAUGUUGAAUGAAUUCAAGUGUAAAGGAAAAUGCUAAGAAAAUGUGGAAAUUCUGGUCUCUGAAUGAUUCGAAUAGAUGGUAAAUCCAAAAAUACUGUACUACUUUCAAUACACUUACUGGAAAAAAGAAAAUUGGAUAUAUCAAAAUCUAUAUUUUAUUUAAUUUAUAUUUUGGUUGUUAUUAUUGCGGUAUUUUCAUUGUCACUGAUCGCAACAAUAUUAUGGUAGUACAUAUAUACUAGGGAUGUAACGAUACAUGAUUUUGCCGAUACGAUACCGAUACCGAUAUUUGUAGUAAUGUAUCGGCGAUACCGAUACCGAUACCGAUAUUGGUA